AUGCCAGGAUGGCUGCCACAGUGGCACUGUGGAGUACGAGCGAAACAAAGUGGUCGAUUGCUUGCUUUCAUAGCUGCUGUCCCACAAACCGUCCGAGUUUAUGACAAGGAGCGGCCUAUGGUGGAAAUUAAUUUCCUUUGUGUGCAUAAAAAGUUAAGAUCUAAAAGGGUAGCACCAGUACUGAUCCGUGAGAUUACUAGACGUGUGAAUCAACAAAAAAUCUUCCAAGCCGUUUACACUGCUGGAGUUGUUCUUCCCAAGCCAGUGGGAAUAUGUCGGUAUUGGCAUCGUUCUCUCAAUCCGAAGAAGCUUAUCGACGUUCGAUUCUCGCAUCUAUCUGCAAAAAUGACGAUUGCCCGUACAAUAAAGUUGUAUAAGCUUCCCAAUACACCGGCGACUUCUGGUCUACGACCACUGGAAAAAAAGGAUAUUUCAUCGGCUUGGAAACUGUUGUCAGAGUAUCUGAAGAGGUUCUGUCUUGCUCCCGUAUUCACGAAGAAAGAAUUCGAGCAUGUAUUUACACCUAUUGAAGAUGUCGUAUACACUUAUGUGGUCGAGACCGGAGGAAAGGUGACCGACAUGCUAUCUUUCUAUUCAUUGCCAUCUUCGGUGAUGCAUCAUCCGACACACAAAAGUAUUCGAGCAGUGUAUUCGUUUUACAAUGUGGCUACGACAGUUCCUUUCAAACAGCUCAUGAACGAUGCACUCAUAUUCGCCCAAAAACUAGGUUUUGAUGUCUUUAAUGCACUCGAUCUUAUGGAGAAUGCUUCGAUUUUGGAAGAGCUCAAGUUUGGGAUCGGUGAUGGCAAUUUGCAAUACUAUCUUUACAAUUGGAGGUGUCCCGAGAUGAAGCCGGAACAAAUUGGACUCGUGUUACAGUAG